GUCUGCAGACGGACGAGGAGGAGGAGGAGGACGUCUCUCUGACCUCAUCUGGACGGGACUUUAAGAAGUGAGCAGCCUUACAGGAAACCAUGAUGACGACAGUGGACAUUUUAAACACUCUGGAGGAUUUAGGAGAAGAUGAAUUUAAGAAAUUCAAAUGGCAUCUGUGGCAGCCAAACAUCCUGGAAGGUUACCAAAGCAUCAAAGUGUCCAUGUUGGAGAAGAACACAGAAAGGCAGGACACAGUGGAUGUGAUGGUUAAAACCUAUCAACUUCAUGGAGCUCUAAAGGUGACCAAGAAGGUUUUAGAGAUGAUCAACAGGAAUGAUCUAGUGCAGAGUCUGCCAGACACCAGCUCAGAACCAGAAGUGGAUUCCAGUGGUGAUGAAGAAACUAAAGGGAUGGUUCCAGAACCAAAGCCAGCACGGCACAUCUCAAAAUACCAAGAAACGAUUCAGCCAAACUUCAAAGACCGUUACAAGGAACUACAAGAAGGGUUGACGGAUGUGAAACAACUUCUGGAUGAGAUGUACACACAUCUGACUGUCACAGCUGUGGGUGACGUACACAUCAACACACAGCAUGAGGUCAGGCAGAUUGAGACAGUGAGGCCAGCAGAUACAGAGACAAUAAUUAAACCUUGUGACAUGUUCAAACACCCCUCUGGAAAAGACAGCUCCAUAAGAACAGUGCUAACCAAGGGAAUCGCAGGAAUUGGAAAAACAUUUCUUGUGCACAAGUUUGUGUUGGACUGGGCUGAAGGAAGAGCCAAUCAAGAUGUGCAUCUCGUUUUCCCCUUCACCUUCCGCCAGCUGAAUUCAUGGAAGGGAGAGAAGGUAUGUUUGGCAGACCUCAUUCAUGAAUGUAUCUGGGAGACCAAAGACAUCAAGAAAGAAGCUCUUAAUCACAUCUUUGCAGCUCUGCAGUCAACAGGAAACACCAGCUUUGACAGGAGUGAAUUCAAACUUCUGUUUGUUUUGGACGGACUGGAUGAGAGCCGCCUUGAUCUGGACUGCUCUACCAAUAAAAUCCAUGCAGGUGAAUUUGAUGUGACAGUGCCGACUUCAGUGGGAGAGCUGCUGAUGAACCUCAUCAAGAAGAAACUGCUUCCCUCUGCUCGUCUUUGGAUAACCACACGACCUGCAGCAGCCAAUCAGAUCCAUUCUUAUUUUGUAGACAUCACAACAGAGGUCAGAGGGUUCUCCAACCCACAGAAGGAGGAGUACUUUAGAAAGAGAAUAGCAGAUGAGGAACAGGCCGGCAGAAUCAUCUCCCACAUCAAGACAUCACGAAGCCUCCACAUCAUGUGCCACAUCCCAGUCUUCUGCUGGAUCACUGCUACAGUUCUAGAUAAAGUAAUAAAAAGAGAGGGAGGAGAGCUGCCCAAUACCCUGACUGAGAUGUAUGCAGAAUUCCUGCGGUUUCAGAUUCAUCAGACAAAGAAGUGUGACCCAAAAGAGUAUGACUCAGAAAAGUGCAUUCAGUACAUUGAGUCAUUAGCAAAACUGGCUUACUAUCAGUUGGAAAAGGGCAACCUGAUCUUCUAUGAGAAAGAUCUCAACAAGAGUGGCAUUGAUGUCAGUGGAGUCUCGGUGUGCUCAGGAGUGUUCACAGAGAUCUUCAAAGAGGAAAGUCGGAGAAAGAAUGACAAAAAAAAGAUGUUUGUAUUCAUCCAUCUGAGUGUUCAAGAGUUUCUGGCUGCUCUUCAUGUAGAGAGGGCAGUCAUUAAAAGAAAAAAGAAUGUGAUGUUUGGGCAAAGUUUGCGUGAAAAAUGGCGAAUGGUUUUCAGCAAAAGUUCUAUGAUGUCAAAGGUCCACAGGUUUGCUAUUGACAAGGCCUUACAGAGUCCAAAUGGACACCUCGACUUGUUCCUUCGCUUCCUCCUGGGUCUUUCACUGGAGACCAAUCAGGACCUCCUCCAAGACCUGUCUACCAAUACAGGAAGUAGCUCAGCGACCAAUCAGAAAACAGUAGAGUACAUCAAGAAGAAGAUCAGUGAGGAUCUGUCUCCAGAGAAAAGCAUUAAUCUCUUCCACUGUCUGAAUGAACUGAAUGAUCGAUCUCUAGUGGAGGAGAUCCAACAGUCCCUGAGUUCAGGAAGUCUCUCCACAGAUGAACUGUCUCCUGAUCAGUGGUCAGCUCUGGUCUUCAUCUUACUGUCAUCAGAAGAAGAUCCGGAUGUGUUUGACCUGAGGAAAUACUCUGCUUCAGAGGAUGUUCUUCUGAGGCUGCUGCCAGUGGUCAAAGCCUCCAAAAAAGCUCUGCUGAGUGGCUGUAACCUGUCAGAGAGAAGCUGUGAAGCGCUGUCCUCAGUUCUCAGCUCAGAGUCCUCUCUUCUGAGAGAGCUGGACCUGAGUAACAACGACCUGCAGGAUUCAGGAGGGAAGCUGCUUUCUACUGGAGUGAAGAGUCCACACUGUAAACUGGAGACUCUCAGUUUGUCAGGCUGUCUGAUCACAGAGGAAGGCUGUACUUCUCUGGCCUCAGCGCUGAGAUCCAACCCCUCCCAUCUGAGAGUGCUGGACCUGAGCUACAAUCAUCCAGGAGACUCGGGAGUGAAGCUGCUUUCAGCUAGACGGGAGGAUCCACACUGCAGACUGGACACUUUAAGGCUGGAUCAUGGUGGAGAGCAGAGGCUGAAACCUGGUCUGAGGAAGUGGGCCUGUCAACUCACACUGGACACAAACACAGUGAACAGACAACUCAAACUGACUGACAACAGAAGGACAGUGACAUGGGUGUUGGAGGAUCAGCCAUAUCCUGAUCAUCCAGAGAGGUUUGACAACUAUCCUCAGCUGCUGUGUAGAGAUGGUCUGACUGGUCGCUGUUACUGGGAGGUAGAGAGGAGAGGAGAGGUUAAUAUAUCAGUGAGUUACAGAGGAAUCAGGAGGAAAGGAGACAGUGAUGACUGUGUGUUUGGAUGUAAUGAUCAGUCCUGGAGUCUGAUCUACUCUGAUGAUGAAGGUUACUCUGUCUAUCACAAUAACAGAGGAACAUUCACCUCCUCCUCCUCUGUCUCUGAUAGAGUAGCAGUGUAUGUGGACUGUCCUGCUGGCUCUCUGUCCUUCUACACAGUCUCCUCUGACUCACUGAUCCACCUCCACACCUUCAACACCACAUUCACUCAGCCUCUCUAUCCUGGGUUCUGGGUAGGGUCUGGUUCCUCAGUGUCUCUGUGUCCUCUGAGCUACAAUCAUCCAGGAGACUCAGGAGAGAAGCUUCUUUCAGCUAGACGGGAGGAUCUACACUGCAGACUGGACACUCUAAGGCUGGAUCAUUGUGGAGAGCAGAGGCUGAAACCUGGUCUGAGGAAAUAUUCCUGUCACCUCACACUGGACAAAGGAGACAAUGAUGACUGUGUGUUUGGUAGUAAUGAUCAGUCCUGGAGUCUGAUCUACUCUGAUGAUGAAGGUUACUCUGUUUGUCACAAUAACAGAGGAACAUCCAUCUCCUCCUUCUCUGUCUCUGAUAGAGUAGCUGUGUAUGUGGACUGUCCUGCUGGCUCUCUGUCCUUCUACACAGCCUCCUCUGACUCACUGAUCCACCUCCACACCUUCAACACCACAUUCACUCAGCCUCUCUAUCCUGGGUUCUGGGUGGGGUAUGGUUCCUCAGUGUCUCUGUGUCCUCUGAGCUACAAUCAUCCAGGAGACUCGGGAGAGAAGCUGCUUUCAGCUAGACGGGAGGAUCCACACUGCAGACUGGACACUGUAAGGCUGGAUCAUGGUGGAGAGCAGAGGCUGAAACCUGGUCUGAGGAAAUAUUCCUGUCAACUCACACUGGACACAAAGACAGUGCACAGACAACUCAAACUGUCUGACAACAACAGGAAGGUGACAUUAGUGAAGGAGGAUCAGCCAUAUCCUGAUCAUCCAGAGAGGUUUGACCACUAUCCUCAGCUGCUGUGUAGAGAUGGUCUGACUGGUCGCUGUUACUGGGAGGUUGAGAGGAGAGGAAGGGUUCAUAUAGCAGUGAGUUACAGAGGAAUCAGCAGGAGAGGACACAGUAGAGACUGUAGGUUUGGACGUAAUGAUCAGUCCUGGAGUCUGAUCUGCUCUGAUGAUGGUUACUCUGUCCGUCACAAUAACAGAGAAACACCCAUCUCCUCCUCCUCUGUCUCUGGUAGAGUAGCAGUGUAUGUGGACUGUCCUGCUGGCUAUCUGUCCUUCUACACAUUCUCCUCUGACUCACUGAUCCACCUCCACACCUUCAACACCACAUUCACUCAGCCUCUCUAUCCUGGGUUUGGGUUCUGGGAGCCUUGGUUUGGGUUUGGGUCUACUGGUGACUCAGUGUCUCUGUGUCCUCUGUAGGACGGAGAGUCUCCUCCUGUUUCUCACAGCUGAUCAGUUGAGUCUGUACAGGAUCACACUUACAGACAUAUUGGUGAUGAGAACAACUACAACACUACAUUUCUAAACUUUACCACUGGCCAUCAUCUCUCCAGUCAAACAGCGUCUGUGUACACAAACAAUUUUCUCAACAGCCAAGUCUCAUGUUGGGUCUUAGUGAUUUAAAAAUAUACGGUCUUUGUUCUCAUCGCCAUGGAGACAGAGAUGCUCUAACCAUCAGAAGUAUUUAUUCUUAUAUUAAUAAAUAUAUAUAUAUAUAAGUUUAUAUGAAUAUGUAUCUCACCAAGGCCGGAUUUACCACCGGGCCGAUUGGGCCGGUGCCCGGGGGCCUCCGACCUCUAGGGGGCCUCAAACACUAACACUUUGUGGCCUCAUCCUUUUCUUUUUUCUUUUUUUUCUAUUUUACAUUAAAUUAAAAUAAAAUGAAUUAAUUAGUGUUUGUUUGUGUGUAUGUGUGUUAACAAUAAUUUAGUUGCACACAAAAAAGUAUCAAGAUCAGUUUUUUUGCUGUGUCGGCUGUGUCUGAUGACUACGAGUCAGGUUACCACGGAAACUGUUGAUAGCGGCAAGACAGGCGGUGGAGGAUAGAGUAAGAGAAAGAGAGUAGAGGACAUCGAAAAAAUAAACAACAUGGAGAAAAAAAACGAUGGAGCGGUGUAACCACAAAACAGAAAGCUAAAAGGGAGAAGGAUAGCAGAGAGGAUUUAAUUAGGAGUAAUAUUCCAACCAUCCCCACUUUUUUCAAAAGUCUUCUCACCGCUAAUAAAGAGCCUGGCGGCACCUGCAGUGAUGCUAGCGAUGAGGAGUUUAGCACAACAUCCGGUCUUGCUAUUUCAGAUGAACAAUUAGAACAACAUCAUCACUUUGAGCAUCAGCACCAGGACACGACAGAGAACCACAGCCCGGCUGGAGUGACAGACACCUGUUUAAAUGCCCCCCACAGUCUCCGACUCCGCAGGCGCUUCGGAAGGCGGCAGAGACUGUUUGAGACAGUUUGAGAGUUUGACAGCCUCAAAAUGUAGGUCUAUCUACUACUUUUUCCACUUAUUAAAAACCCUGAUUAUUAUAGAUACCCCGAUUGGCUCCAAAGCCUUCAGAAUCUGCGUCCACCGACCCACCUAAAUAAGUAUUUUUUUGUGAUUUAGCUAGAGCCCAGCACCUCUGCUCUGUCCCCAUAUAUGUUGCUUUUUAAAUCAUGUAACGUUGUUGUAUUAAUAGAAAUUAAUUAGUUCAUUUUUAUGACCAGAAACACGGUCUAGGCUUAUCAAUGCAUCAUAUGUGGGACUUAUUGUCUAGUUGAGGGUACUUUCACGUCAUAUUUUAAAAGUAGCCUAUAUGUUUUGUCUUUUUCCAUCAGUUCACUGCAGAGAAUCUGUGAAGUAUAGAUUAGUUGUUUUUAAUAUAUUUAGAACCUUCUGCUGAUUAAAUCACUUAGGCUUAUUCACAAGAUGUUAUUAUGUUUUUUUAUUAUUUGAAUGUUAUUACAGUAUGUUGGUCUUACCAGUGAAGAAUUAGUUUGCUGUGUAAGACAAAACAUUAAGGGCAUGUAUCAUUGCAAUGUGGUCAUUCAUAGCAGACAAUCGGACAGCAAUCAGGCAUGUCUGCAACGCCAAAA